AGUUCUAGAAUCUAGAUAUAGAUCUAGAUCUGAUGUCGCAGGUGUAAACGCGGUAUCAAGCACAAUUUAUUUGGUUCGAGACAGUUGUUACUUUCGAUUUUGCCACCUAGCCCAUAGAAAAUUUACAAAGUGGACGCAGAUUUAUUUGAUCUAGAAUCUAAAUCUAGCUAGAGUCUAGACUCUAGAAUAGAUCUAACUCUUAAAAAUUACUGAAACUUAGAGUCAGAGAAAUACCAAACAGUCCAGUUGAUGAACUAUUGGUGUCCAAAAAAACUCAUAAAUGCAAAUGAGCAGAUCUGAUAUUGAAGACCGAUUGGAACAAUGUCUUUUUUAUCUCCCCAAAAAAAAACGCCUGUGUAGAUUCCAGCCAAAACCAGGGCGCAAAUAUUGCCCUGAACAUGAAUGCAUCACUGGCGUUUCUAUUGAUCGCAAAAGGAUACCAUGUCCAUUAAAUUCCAGUCAUAAUUGUUAUGAAGAUAACUUGGAAAAACAUUUGAAAAAAUGCAAUGUUGCAAAAAUUCAAACCGCAACACAGCAAGAGACUUACUAUGUGAAAGGGAUAAAUCAGGGAGUGGAUGACAACUCAUCAAGUACAGUAGAGAAAGUUUGUGUCAAAGAUUUGACUCCUGAAAGCUUGUUCUUGCUGAUAGACAAAGUUAAUGAGCUGUAUAAAGUGCAUGUAGGAACUGCUAUUGAGACAACUAUAUUGAAGCACCCAUGUGUAUGUGAAGAACUUGGUCCAUCAGAUGAAGACAUAGAAAAUACUUUAGCUCAACACAAAGCACUGGGCAAAGAACUGCUCCAGCAGGCAUCCUUGGUUGGUCAGCUUGACCAGUUGGGUCUUCUCUGUAGCAGCACCUGUUUUGUAGAGCUUGGAGCUGGCAAAGGUAAACUCUCCCACUGGAUACAGAAAGCAACCAAAAAAGUGGUGGACAAUUCAUUUGUGCUUGUCGAACGUGGAAGUGUGAGGUACAAGAUGGAUUCCUUUCACAAGCUAGGAGGAGAAGAAUCUAAAUUCAUCCGCAUCAAAACGGACAUAGAGAAUUUACAUUUAGGUUCAGUUGAGGCUGUGAGAGAUCCUGUUGUGGUUGUGGGCAAACAUCUGUGUGGGGGGGCCACAGACAUGGGCUUGCGCUGUGCACUCAACACAUUGAACCAAAGCCCAUCAAGCACAACAGCACAGAGCCACACAUUGCAUACAAAAACCAACAAGUCAGAGCAAGAAGAUCUAAAUAUAAAAACUGAGAAGCUGAAGGAAGAUUUUGUUCAUAGGUUGCCUAAAGGAAUUAUGAUAGCUCUGUGUUGCCAUCACCAGUGCAGCUGGAGCACUUAUGUUGGCAAGGAUUUUAUGCUCAAUAUUGGGCUUUCACCAGCCGAGUUUGAUCUUCUCACACGCUUGAGCAGCUGGGCAACAUGUGCCAAAGUUACAUCAAAGUCCCUUCGUCAUGCAGACCUUCACUCACAGUCAGCGCAUCAAGUAUCAACUGACGAUAAUCUCCUACAAGCAGAAUUAAUUGAACCUAAUCUUGAAGACCUAGUCAGCUUCUCCAGUAG